AUGGAUUACGAUGUUUUCAGUCCGCUUGCAUUAUGCAAACAAAAGCAGCGAAAAAUCUUAAAUAAGAGAAAUAGUCGAAGACGUGCACUUACCAAUGUUCGACGUGUUCUUCUUGAUACAACACAUGCUGAAUUAUCCACUCUAUCUUCGAACCAUUUAGAUACACAAGAUGAAAAUAAUUUGAAUACUAUUUCCAAUCAUUUAGAUUCUGAUUAUCUAUAUAAAAAUGAUGUCCAUAGUUAUGAAUUACAAAAUAUACAUUCUUCUACUGAUACCGUCUCAUUUCCGUUUGAUGAACAAGCAAGUGAUGAUAAAAUUGAUAUUAGUAAAAAUGAACAAGCAAGUGAUAACUUAUAUGAAUGCUUUAAUCUUUCCGAUGAUUUUACUCUACCAGAUAUAUAUCUUCAUUCUUCAACGAAUCUCAAAAAGGCUGGAUUCUGUAGAAAUCUCCUUACUUUAUUUCGCGAUGCGAAAGUUUGUAAAUCGCAUUGCGAUAGAUUUAUUCAAUUGAUUUAUUCUGGUUUACCAGUACCAAAUAAUAUCCCAGGUGAAAGAAAACGGCCCGUAAACGGCCUGAAACGGCAUAAAAACGAUUUUAAUCAAUCCAUUGAUCCACGACCUGAAUAUAUCCGUGUCGUUAUUAUUGAAUGGUCAAUAAAAUCCUCAAUUCCCAUAGCACGCAUUAUUUCAGCAGAUAUUCAAUGUAGUUUACUCAGUGCUCGACGUUGUGAAGGUUUAGAUGGUUAUAGUCAACAAGUUGAUUGA